CGAUCCAAACCCGAGCAAGCAGCAGUCCGAGGGCGAAUCUAACGGGCGUCGUGCGCGAUGGCUAAUGCCUCUCCGGAUCUGGACAAUGCAGAAGCCCAGCGCCAGCUCAACAACAACAACCGACCAAUCGGCUCCGGGUUCUGGGAGACCGAGUGCACCAGCGCCAAACUGUUCGAGUGCUCCCGCAUCAAGGCUCUGGCAGAUGAAAGAGAUGCAGUGCAGAAGAAAACCUUCACAAAGUGGGUCAACUCCCACCUGGCCAGAGUGUCCUGUCGCAUAUCUGACCUCUACAACGACCUUAGGGAUGGCUACAUGCUCACCAGACUGCUGGAGGUUCUCAGUGGCGAGCUGCUGCCGAGACCAACCAGGGGUCGUAUGCGGAUCCACAGCCUGGAAAACGUGGACAAAGCUCUGCAGUUCCUGAAAGAGCAGAGAGUUCAUCUGGAAAACGUCGGUUCCCACGACAUUGUGGAUGGAAACCAUCGCCUCACGCUCGGCCUUAUCUGGACCAUCAUCCUUCGCUUUCAGAUCCAGGUGAUCAAAAUAAACACAGCGGACAACAGAGAGACCCGCUCCGCCAAGGACGCGCUGCUGCUGUGGUGCCAGAUGAAGACCGCAGGGUACCCAGAGGUAAACAUUCAGAACUUCACCACCUGCUGGAGAGACGGCCUGGCCUUCAACGCCCUCAUACACAGACACAGACCGGACCUGAUAGAGUUCCACAAGCUGACGCGGUCCAACGCGACGCACAACCUGCAGCAAGCCUUCAACGUCGCCGAGCACCACCUGGGUCUCACCAAACUCCUGGACCCCGAGGAUGUGAACACGGAGAAUCCAGAUGAAAAGUCCAUCAUUACGUACGUGGUCUCCUACUACCACUACUUCUCCAAGAUGAAGGCUCUUAUUGUGGAGGGGAAGAGGGUUGGCAAGGUGUUGGACAACUGCAUCGAGACGGAAACGAUCAUCAACCGCUACGACGCUCUGGCGUCGGACCUGCUGGAGUGGAUCGAGAAAACCAUCGCCAUCAUCAGCAACCAGAAAUUCGCCAACUCACUGACUGGAGUCCAGCAGCAGCUGCAGGCCUUCACAACCUACUGCACUAUAGAGAAGCCCAUCAAGUUUCAGGAGAAAGGAAACCUUGAGGUCCUUCUGUUCACCAUCCAAAGCAAACUCAGAGCCAAUAACCAGAAACCCUACGUGCCUCAAGACGGGAAGCUCAUCUCAGACAUCAACAAGGCGUGGGAGCGCCUGGAGAAGGCGGAGCAUGAAAGGGGCGUUGCUCUGCGUAAGGAGCUGAUUCGUCAGGAGAAGCUGGAGCUGCUCGCUCAACGCUUCGAUCACAAGACGACCAUGAGGCAAGCGUGGCUCAACGAGAACCAGAGACUCGUGUCGCAGGAUAACUUCGGCUACGAUCUGCCGGCCGUGGAGGCGGCGAUGAAGAAGCACGAGGCCAUCGAGGCGGACAUCGCCUCGUACGAGGAGCGCAUCGGCGUGGUGAUGGAGCUUUCCUCGGAGAUGGAGAAGGAGGGAUACUACGACAUCCGGCGCAUCCUGGCCUGCAAAGAGAACAUCCUGGGCCAGUGGAGCCUGCUGAAGGAGCUGGUGGCCGGCAGGCGGACCCGGCUGGAGAAGAACCUGGCUCUGCAGAAAACCUUUCAGGACAUGGUCUACAUGAUCGACUGGAUGGAGGACACACAGGCUCUGCUGCUGUCGAAGGACUUUGGGAAGCAUCUGCUGGAAGUGGACGACCUGCUGCAGAAGCAGAGCCUGCAGGAAGCUGACAUUUCCAUCCAGGCGGAGAGAGUCGAGACGCUCAACGCUGCGGCGCUCAAAUUCACCACCAUAGAGGGCUACCAGCCAUGCGACCCGCAGGUGAUCUGUAACCGCGUGAACCACGUCUCUUCCUGCCUGGAGGAACUGAAACAGCUAGCAGCUAAACGCCGCGCAGAGCUGGAGGAGUCGAGGCAGCUGUGGGCGUUUUUCCAGGAGCUGGAGGAGUCGGAGGCCUGGAUCCGGGAAAAAAGCUCCAUCCUGGCGUCUCAGGGCUUCGGGAAGGACCUGAGCAGCGUGCUGAGGCUGCUGCAGAAACACAAGACUCUGGCCGGGGAGCUGCUGGCGCACCGCUCGCUGCUGCAGAACACCAUAAAGCGGGGGAAGCAGAUUCUGAGCGAAAAGAGCUUCGGCACGGCGGGGAUCCAGGAGCGCAUCAUGGAGGUGAAAGACGAGUGGAAGAAGCUGGAGGACCAGGCGGCGCAGCAUCUCGGCCACCUGCAGGAGGCGCUCAACUUCUUCCAGUUCUCCACGGAGACGGACGACGUGGCGGUGUGGCUCCAGGACGCCUACCGCCUGGUCUCCAGCGAGGACUUCGGCCACGACGAAUACUCCACUCAGUCGCUGCUGAAGAAGCACAAGGGCGUGACAGAGGCCAUCGAUAAGCACAGGCUACAUGUAGUUGCUCUGCGCAAACACAUGGUGGUGCUCUCUCUGCAAUACAGAGAGCAGGAGGAGGUUCAGGUGCGUUUAGGUGAGGUGGAGCAGCUGUACACGGAGGUCGCAGAGGUGGCCGUACUCAGACAGCAGUGGCUCCACGACGCGCUGGCCGUGUACCGCAUGUUCAGCGAGGUGAACGCCUGCGAGCUCUGGAUCGACGAGAAGGAGCAGUGGCUGGAGAAGAUGGAGAUCCCAGAGAAGCUGGAGGACGUGGAAGUGGUGGCGCACAGGUUUGAAAGCCUGGACCAGGAGAUGAACAGCCUGAUGGGUCGGAUCCUGGACGUCAAUCAGAUUGUUCAGCAGCUGCUGGACGGAGGUCAUCCGUCUUCAGCGGAGGUCAGAGGUUGUCAGGAUCACCUCAACUCCAGGUGGAACACCAUUGUUGAGCUGGUGGAGCAGAAGAAGGAUCAGCUCGACUCGAUGCUUCGCCUGCAGAAUUACCUGCUGGAGUGCGCCGAGAUCAAGUCCCAGAUCCAGGACAAGAGGAAAGCCAUCGACGCCACGCAGUACAUGGGCAGCGACCUGGGAGGCGUCCUUGCUCUGCAGCGACGCCUCUCCACCAUGGAGGGGGCGCUGUCUGUCCUGGAGCCCAAACUGCUGCAUCUACAGGAGGAAGCAGAGUUUCUGGCCGCUGCUCAUCCGAGCCGAACCAUGGAGAUCCUGGUGCCGUUCGAUGGCAUCAGCGUUGAGUGGGAGGAGCUUAAAAGGACGCUGCAGGGAUGCGAGGACUCGCUGAUGGUGGCCAGCAGGCUGCAGAGCUUCAUACAGGACCUGGACUCCUUCCUUACCUGGCUGGUCCAGACCCAAACGGCCGCUGCCUCGGACCAGCUGCCCAACGAUCUGGAGGAGGCGGAGAAACUCAUCAACAAGCACGCCGCUCUCAAAGAGGAGAUCGGACGGUACGAGGAAGACUACGAGCGUCUGCAGGCCAUGAACGAGCUGCUGGAGUCGGAGGACGCCCCCCUGCCGCAGGCCGCCCUGCAGCAGUGGCUGCAGAAGCUCGACGUUGGCUGGAACAAACUCCUGGAGAUGUGGGAGAGCCGGAGGGAGGUUCUGGUCCAAGCUCACAUCUUUCACCUCUUCCUGCGAGAUGUCAAACAAGCAGAGUCCUUCCUGAACAACCAGGAAUCGGCUCUGGCCCACGUGGAGCUCCCCACCACGGUGGAAACGGUCGAAGGCGCCAUCAAGAAGCACAAGGACUUCACCACCACCAUGGAGCUGAACCUGCACAGGAUCAAAGCUGUGAUCGAGGCGGGAGAAAGUCUGAUCAGCCAGAACAACAUCUACUCCGAGCGAAUCCGGGAGCGCAUCGACACGCUCGCCAAAAGGGGAAACCAGAACAGGGAACUGGCCCAGCAAUGGCUGGAAAAACUGAACGACCAGUGGGAACUUCAAAGAUUUCUCCAAGACUGUCAUGAGCUGGGGGACUGGGUGUACGAAAAGAUGCUGAUGGCGAGGGACAGCAGCCGAGACGAGACCCAGAAGCUGCACAAGAAGUGGCAGAAGCACCAGGCUUUCAUGGCCGAGCUGGCCCAGAACAAGGAAUGGCUGGAUAAAAUCGAAAAGGAAGGGCAGCAGCUGAUGAAGGAAAAGCCGGAGCUGAGCCCGGUGGUCCGGAAGAAGCUGGAGGAGAUCCGGGAGUGCUGGCUGGACCUGGAGAGCACCACCCAGGCCAAAGCUCGCCAGCUGUUUGAGGCCAACAAGGCGGACCUGCUGGUUCAGAGCUAUGAAAGCCUGGACCAGCGGCUGGGCCAGCUGGAGGGGCAGCUGGCCUAUGUGGACCAGGGUCAGGACCUCACCACCGUCAACAAGCAGCUCAAGAAACUACAGACCAUGGAGACCCAGAUGGAGGAGUGGUAUAAGGAGGCGGGGCAGCUCCAGGUCCAGACGGCCUCCGUCCCGCAGCAGACGCAGAUCCAGGGCUCGGUGGUGCAGCGGCAGGCCGCCGUGGAGACCAGGAUGGCCCGACUCAUCGAGCCGUUGAAGGAGAGGCGGCGCCUCCUUCUGGCGUCUAAGGAGAUCCAUCAAGUUGGGCGAGACUUGGAGGACGAGAUUUUGUGGGUCCAGGAGCGCCUCCCUCUGGCCAUGAGCCAGGAGCACGGCUCAUCGCUGCAAGCCGUCCAGCAGCUCAUGAAGAAGAACCAGACGCUCCAGAGGGAGCUGGAAGGCCACCGGAGCAGGAUGGAAGACGUCCUGGAGAGGGCAGCCAUCAUCGCCACCAUCAGGAGCCCAGAGGGCGGCUGCGUCAGGGCGGGCCACGACCAGCUGGCCCAGCUGUGGGCCCUGCUCUGGGCCGAGACGGAGCGCAGGCAGCUGGUUCUGGACGCCAUGUACCAAGCCCAGCAGUACUACUUCGACACGGCCGAGGUCGAGGCCUGGCUGAGCGAGCAGGAGCUGCACAUGAUGAACGAGGAGAAGGGAAAGGACGAGCCGAGCACGCUGCAGCUGCUGAAGAAACAUUUGCUGCUGGAGCAAACCAUCGAGGAUUAUGCCGAGACCAUCGGCCUGCUGUCGCAGCAAUGCCGCCAGCUGCUGGAGAUGGGGCAUCCAGACAGCGAACAGAUCAGCAAGCGCCAGUCGCAGAUCGACCGUCUGUACGUGUCUCUGAAGGACCUGGUGGAGGAGAGGAAGAGCCGCCUGGAGCAGCAGUACUGGCUGUACCAGCUCAACAGGGAGGUGGACGAGCUGGAGCAGUGGAUCGCCCAGAGGGAGGUGGUGGCCAGCUCGCCUGAACUGGGCCAGGACUUUGAGCACGUCUCCGUCCUCCAGGAAAAGUUCACAGAGUUUGCGUUGGAGACAGGAAGUGUGGGACAGGAGCGUGUGACGGCUGUCAAUCAGAUGGUGGACGAGCUGAUCGACUACGGCCACUCUGAGGCCGCCACCAUCGCCGAGUGGAAGGACGGGGUCAACGAGGCCUGGGCCGACCUGCUGGAGCUCAUGGAGACCCGAGCGCAGAUGCUCGCUGCUUCUCACCAGCUGCACAAGUUCUUCUCCGACUGCAAAGAGAUCUUGGCCCAGAUUGAGGAUAAGCACCGGCGGCUCCCAGAGGUCCGGGCUCGGCAGGGCAGCACGUCCAACACCAGCACGCUGCAGAGGCUCCUGCAGAGCUUCGAACAGGACAUCCAGCUGCUGGUCACCCAGGUGCGUCAGCUGCAGGAGAGCGCGGCCCAGCUGAGGACGGUGUACGCGGGCGAGAAGGCCGAAGCCAUCGCUUGCCGUGAGCACGAAGUGAUGCAGUGCUGGAAGGAGCUGCUGACGUCCUGCGAAGAGUGCCGGCUGCAGAUCACCACGGAAACGGACAAGCUGAGGUUCUUCAGCAUGGUCCGGGAUCAGAUCAUGUGGAUGGAGUCCAUCAUCUGUCAGAUCGGCACCGGGGAGAAACCCAGGGACGUGUCGUCGGUGGAGGUGCUGAUGAACUACCACCAGAGCCUGAAGAGCGAAGUGGAGGCCCGCAGCCAGAGCACGCUGGAGUGCAUCGAAAUGGGAAAGAUGCUGCUGGCUGCUAGAAACCCUGCAGCUGAGGAGAUCAAGGAGAAGCUGGAAAAGGUGAUUGCAAAGCAGCGUGAGCUUUCAGAGAAGUGGGACAAACACUGGGAGUCCCUCCAGCAACUGUUGGAGGUUCACCAGUUCGCCCAGGAGGCGAUGGUGGCGGAGGCCUGGCUGACGGCCCAGGAACCGCUGAUCAGCAGCAAGGAGCUGGGCGGCAGCGUGGACGAGGUGGAGCAGCUCAUUCGCCGACACGAAGCCUUCCGGAAAGCCGCCGCCACCUGGGAGGAGAGAUUCAGCUCGCUGCGGCGUCUCACUACGGUGGAAAAGCUGAGAGCGGAGCAGAGCAAGCUGCCGCCGACGCCGCUGCUGGGCCGGAAAGUCUUCCUGGACCCUCAGGACGCGGCGCCGGGCCCGGCCGCGCUGCCCCGCCUCCCCGUCUCCCCCGUCAUGAGGCAGACCAUCUACGAGCAGAACGAAUCGUCCAUCGCCUCCGUCGCCACGGCGGCCAUGUUGGUGUCGGCCAAUCAGAUGCGGGAGAGCGCGAGCACGGCGAGGGAGCAGGCGACGAAAGCCAUGAGCUACCUGCAGCCGGAGGCGAAGACGUCGCCGUAUCUACGGCAACCGAAGAUCAAACACCUGGACGACGCGGUGACGCCGCUGAUCGUGGCGAGCCGCCUGGAACGAGUGAGAGAGCGAGGGAGGGAGAGAGAGGAGCGGGCGGAGGUGGCGGUGAUGGCGGAGGUGGUGCUCCAGGAGCCGGGCCGGGAGCGGCUGCACAGCGAGCCCACCAGGGGGCCCCGCGGGUCCAGAACCGACCCGCUGGGCCGCGCCGAGCCGCAGGUCCAGGCGUACCAGCGGCAGCUGUCCAGCGAGCAGCUGAUCCAGGCGCGGCGCGACGAGCUGCCGCAGGAAGUCUGGAGGGAGCAGGUGGGGCGGCGCGACAGGCGGACGCUGGAGCGGCAGACGUCCAGCGAACAGGAAGGACACGAAGGCCGGCGGAGAGAGAGAGAGCGCCACCGAGUGGAGAGGCAGGAGUCCAGCGACAACGACGUGGGGAGGGAGCAGUCCGACCGACGCUCCACCGGAGGAGAGAAGCGAACCACCAUGGCAGAAAUUGUAGAGCAGCUUCAAGAAAGAGAAGCAGCACAGGCGCGUGGCGAGGUUCCCCGCCUGUCCAACGGUCUGCCAGAGAAGUCUUCCCGUCCGGACCGGCCCAGAGCCCGGGACCGACCCAAGCCCAGACGGCGGCCGCGCCCCAAAGAGCCGGGAGAGACGACGCGGCGUUCCCGAUCGGCUCCGGCCCAGAGCAGCCAGGCGACGCCGCAGCCGCCCACCCACACGGCGCACCACGAGGGCUUCCUGUUCCGCAAGCUGGACAUCGAGAGCAUGAAGAAGAGCACCAACAGCAGGUCAUGGGUCAACCUGUACUGCGUGCUGAACAAAGGGGAGCUGGGCUUCUACAAGGACGCCAAGAACACGGCGACGCCCUACAACAACGAGCCGCUGCUCAGCCUGUCCCACUGCCACUGCGACGUCACCAAUGGAUACAAGAAGAAGAAGAACGUCUUCACGCUCAAAACGAAGGAUGGCAGUGAAUUUCUGUUUCAUGCAAAAGACGAGGAGGACCUCAAGGCGUGGGUGAACAACAUCACCGCCAGCAUUUCAGAGCACGAGGAGAUCGCCAAAUGGGGCCAGCCCCAACCAACUACCUCAUCCACCGACGAAGGGACGCGGCGAGACGGCAGCAAGGUGGACAACCGGUCCGACCGCGGCGGCGAGCGCUCCGACCGUGGAGACCGGAUAGAGCGCGCGGACAAAGAGAAGGAACGGGAGAAGGAGAAAGAGAAGGAAAAGGAGAGGGAGAGAGGAGAACGCUCAGAGAAGUCGGAUCGGGCAGGAAAGUCGGACGGAAAACGCUCAGAGAAGAAGAAGAAAUGAGCGUGGCGGCAGACGUUUUGGGAUUAAAACCUACGAACUCUGGAUGGACAGGAGGCGGGGCCACAGACCGAAGGUGGAGGCCCCUCUUCUUCGCUCCAGCAGCUGGGCUUGGAUGGAGAGCAACAGACUGACCCGGCUCACCCACAGGACGGAUUUGAUCUUUCUCCGUCGCCUCCUGGUGGCCGUUUCAGAGAACUGCAAAUGGAUGAGGUUUUUUUUUUACAAAAAAAAAGUAGGAGAAACACGAGCAUCACUUUAAAUCAAAGGCUAUUACUGAUUGCUGGUAGCGCGGUAAAACGUAGCUCAUGCUGUCCCAUGUCGGUUUGUUUUCUGAGAUGAGCUGCACACUGCAAAAACACAAAACCUUACCAAGUUCUUUGGUCUAGUUUCUAAAGCAAAUAUCUCAGUUGGACUUGAAAUAGAGACAAAACUAAUUAAACUUUUCAUCAAGAUGCAGCAGCUUGUUUAAAAGUCAAUAAUUCUUGUUACACUAGUAGAUUAUUUCACUUAUAACAGACAUUUUUACAUGUUACAGGUGAAACAAUCUACAGGUGGAACUAGAACGUUUUUAUCAUUACUGACUUAAAACAAGCUGCUACAUCUUGAUGAAAAGUUAAAUUAGUUUUGUCUCUAUUUCAGGUGUACUAAGAUAUUAGAAACUAGACCAAAAAUACUUGGUAAGGUUUAUUUAUUUUGCAGUGUAGCUGUAUGUAACUCUUCUGUCUGUCCUAUCUACUGUAAUUAUCUGUCUGUCUGUAAGUGGAGACACGGCCCACUGUCUCUUAUCAAUCCUCAGAAAUCAAGAGAGAAGGAAAUGGUCCCAGAAGGUGGAAUCGUUUCGUUUUGUUUUGUUUCUUUACACCUUGUUAGUGAAAAAUCCACCCGGUUUUGUUGUGACGUUUCUUUUAACGCCUCCACGGAUGAAGCAGCACCAGAACUGCUCUCAAUGUUUCAUGAUUCAAGAAAAGAGCAGAAGAGGAAGAUGAAUAUAGAAGACCUGAUAAUUCCUUAUUAUUGUUUAAAAAAUAAAGUUCUAGUUCUGCUGUCAGAUUAUUUCACUUAUAAGAUGGGAAAACGUUUUCAGUGAAGACAGUCUGCCAGUGUUACUAAUACUUUAUGUUUUAAUCAAUAUUAAGUAGUUAUUUAUAUAACACAUGGUUUUAAAACUUGUAAAGUUUUGCUUCGGUCUGACUGUUUUCACCAUGGAUCAUAAUGUCCAAUAAACUGCCCAGCCUGUGGGCAGCAUGUUAACAAAUGGUCUCAACUGAAAGGCUAAAAAAUCAGAUGCAAGCUAAAAAUACGACUGACUUCUGCUUCUUGCGGAAAUUUGCGUUGCUGCAGUCAGGAUUUCUGAUCCUUCAGCGUUAGCUAAUCUAAUUAUGAAAUAGCCUCAAUGUUUGAUUCCCAGGAGCCUCGUUCAUUAAAACAUAAUUUACCUACUCAUUACAUAAAGAUUACAGAUUUUGAGGAACUGUACAGGCUACAUCUUCUAUUUUUAUAUCCAAAAAGUCUACUUGAAUGUCAUUUUGAUCAACUUGCUUUCAAGGUUUUCAUAAAUCUCAAGUUUCUUU